AAAGGAGAAGUCAGCUGUGAAACGGAGAAAUAGAGAAUAUCUGUGAGAGAGAUGCGUGUUUUUUGUUCACUCGAGUGUUGUUUUCUUUCUUCAGAUAGAGAGAGGCUUUUGUGAGUGUAAUGUUUUCGGAUAGUUUAUUUCACUUUUGUUUAUUAUCUAUUCCACUUGCAUUGGCAAUGUAAACAUAUGUUUCCCAAGUCAAUAAAGCCCAUUGAACUGAGAGCGAGAAACAUGAGAAAGAGAGAGACUUGAAGGAAAGGUUGGAAAUGAGCCGAAGACAACCUUCGUGUUCGGGAAGUGAUAGGCGGGAACGAGAAGGCAAGGGAGGCAUGCGCUGAGCUGGAAGAGGUAGGCUGCUAGGGUCUGUUACGGAACAGAGGAGUGGUGGUGGCUGCGUGGGGGAAUAGGGGCUGGACUGGGUCUUGGUCUGUCUACGUACACAGCAGACGACCACGGGGAGGCUGGAACCACACAGUCACGUCUCCUGCUGAGGGGUGUAGCCGGAAAAAAGAGAGAGAAUAGAAAGACAGAGAGCCACGCACGGCUCAGCUGAGGCAAGCAAACGAUUGGAGUAGAAAUCGUGAGAGACAACCGCUGGAAGCGAACAGUGGAAGGGAGGAAGGAAAGAGAAAACAGACAGGACCCAAAUCUGCCAGCGACCACCACCUCCCCUCCAUCUCGAUGGUUAGCUGCGCACCCACAUAGACCGAUGACACCCCCGCCCUCUUCUAAAAAGACAACUAGGGGGGAUGACCGCCUACCGAGAAGGCAGUUGACUAGCGUCGUAACUAAGCGAUGCACCUUCUUUCCAAGAGCGCAAGCUUGAAGCUAUCUUUUAUCCUAACAUAGGCUAUUUGACGAAUGUCAGUGUUGACAUUGUUUCCUAACAGUGUUGUGGUUAUUGACAACGAGGCUCGGUUUGUUUUCGAGACUCUGUAAAGCAAAGUUUUUUUUCUUCUGCUGGACGUGUUUUUUUUCAGUGCGUCCUGGAUUUCCAUACUUGCAGAAAAACAGAUGAUUAUUUUUGCGACAAGCUAGGCCUAUUUGUAAAGAAAUAUAGCAGUAGAACGAACGGACUCCUUUGGGACACCCUUCUGUAGCCUGUCAACCGUUUGAAACGGAUGUGUGCACAUCAAGAAGAUACUGAGAAGUGACAGUAGAGGAGACAUCCAACGAGGAGAGUCGACCAGGAUACUUACUAUACGUUCGCGUCCAGUGGAGACAAGGCUUUUAUGAAAGUUGCCAUGGUAUCAUUGGACGAGCCUCUGGACCUGAAGCUUCCACAGGCCAAUGGGAGGGUCAGGUUGGGAAAGAGGGCAUGUUCGGCCUCCAUCUGCGCCCCCCUCAGUGCCACACGACAACGUCUGCUACGUAACCUACCGAUGACCUACCCCUCACCACCUCCCUCUCCAGGUACCCCCCUGUACCACCAGGAGAGGGUAGGUUCCUGCACCCCCCCUGCCAUGGACCUGAGUCUCUCCCCCUCCUUCCGACAAGCACCCUCCCCCUCUCCCUCCUCCACCUCCCGCCAUGCAUCCUCCCCCUCUGCCUCCCCCUCCUCACCCCUGGACUACCCACCCAGCUGCAGCCCAGCCACACCCAUCUACUCCAGGGAAGCAGCUCUCCCUCGUUACCUGGAAGGCGGUGCUUCUCCGCAGGGCUUCCAGAUCUUCCUGCCAAUCGGGACCACAGGGGGCGGGUUCAACCUGCCCUCCUCCAUGUUCAUUGGUCAGCCCGGGGAGAAGCGGGCGUCACCCGAUCCCUCAUCGGAUGAGCAGCUGGCCUGCCAUUGGAUGAAGUGCCACCUGCUGUUUGACUCAUUACAGGACCUGGUGGAUCACAUCAAUGACUAUCAUGUCAAACCUGAAAAGGAUUCUGGGUACUGCUGCCACUGGGAGGGCUGUGCCCGCAACGGGAGGGGAUUCAACGCCAGGUACAAGAUGUUGAUCCACAUCAGGACUCACACCAAUGAGAAGCCUCACCACUGUCCCACCUGCAACAAGAGCUUUUCUCGCCUGGAGAACCUCAAGAUACACACACGCUCACACACAGGAGAGAAGCCGUACAUCUGUCCGUACGAGGGCUGCAGCAAGCGCUACUCCAACUCCAGCGACCGCUUCAAGCACACGCGCACCCACUACGUCGACAAGCCAUACUACUGCAAGAUGGCUGGCUGCCUUAAACGCUACACUGACCCCAGCUCCCUCCGCAAACACAUCAAGGCCCACGGACACUUCGUCGCGACCCAGGAACAGGCCUCCUCAGCCGGGCUCGGUGUGUUCCUCAAAGGGGCAGGUCUCCACGGAGGUAACGGUGGUGGGGUUUCAGAGAUGGGCUAUGUCGGCGGGGCCCAUAUUAUCAUCCCAGGAGGGGCCGCCAUGGCUUCUCUCCUAGGGGGCCACCAUCUAGGGGCCUCGCUGCCUCUCUCGGCCAUGUGUGGCCCCCUGGAUCUCAGCAGACUAGGUCACCCUGGAGCCUCCUUGUUCUCACUAGGUAGUGGAGGUGGGGGAUUGGGUUGGUGUGAUUCCUCCCUGCUCCCGUUUGGACUCUCGACUGCAUCCGUGUUUGGGUUGGCUUCCAUGGGUCUGGGGCGGCUAGGGAGAGGGGAGAGCAGGAGGGAGGGGGAGGAGGAGGACGGAUGUGAAGAGGAGAGGGAGGAUGAGGUAUUGAAUUUGUCUGCGGGAGGGUACGGAGGGACAGGGGCGGGGCGGGACCUCCCCUCCUGGGUGGUGAUUCAAUCCCCUGGGGCACUGGUGCUCAAACCAGCUGUUGUCAGCUAGGGCCAGGGUGUGUGUGUGCUCAGCUUGGGACACGUGCUCACACGCCUGUUGCUACGAUCAAGGGACAGGGUGUGUGUGUAAGUUUCUGUGUGUGUUUGUGCCUAAACGAUGCCUCGGAGCUGAAAGUUGGUGUGUGUGGAGGGGGAGGGGGAGGGUUAGGUGCUUUAUAAAAGCUGUGUGGGGGUCAAAGGUAAUUCUCCUUUUCAGACAUAAAAAACUCUGAUCAUUUCAACACAGAACAGUAACAGCAGGCUGAAGAAAACAAGAAAACUAUGGAAAUGUACCUCAAACAUUCCCUAUGGACUUUUUCAAUGGACUUUUCCCAAUGGACAUCCCUAAUUGACAUUCCCAAAUGAUUUGUGUGGCAACACAGUUGGCUUUAUGUAAUCACCAUUAUGAUGUAAAGAAGAAGCAGCAGUUGAGAGAAUUGAGGUAAUAUGCUCCUGUGUGUUUUGUUAGUCAUCAUUUGUAUGCAGCAAAGACCCUAUGGACUAUAACUGAUAACAGCUACUAUAGUCACUAUAACAGUGGCUUUUAUAUCAGUGUAUUUAACUAUUAUGGCCACCAGGGGGAGGUAGAGAGUCAGGUACAUUUUGUCUAAUCUUUCUAGCCUCACAUCAGAACUGAAUUGUUCUGUGUGGACGUUGUCUGUAGCCACAGAUCUUGGGUCAGCUUACCAUCCUUAACCAUUAGAAAAUGCGAAACUGACCUUAGAUCAGCCAACUUUAUUCUCCUUUCUCCCCCUCUACUCAGUCUCUAGACUCACAACAACAAACAGCCUUUAAAAUCCCCUGUAGGGAAUAGGCUCCCAAGGUUACAAGGUAGUCAGUGGAAAUCUGUGGUACACACACUACAGAGCAAACACAGUCUUGUUGAAGCAUGUCGUAUGUCAAACUACGUUCUACAUGCGUCUAUGGGGUGGAUUCUAACUUCCACUUUAGUCAAACAUUGAUGACAAUGGGAGACUAAGUUCAAAUGUAACUGGAAGUUUAGGAUUUGCCUUUGUUAUAUAUAUAUUUUUUUUUUACACAGGCAGGGCUAGGGGUAGCCUUCACUCAUGUUACCCGGUUACCCUGGGGUCCUCUGAGCUAAGAAUGUGGUAUUUAGUUCCCAUUGUCAUGUGACUGCCACCUGCAUAGUUGUAAGGUUGGUUGCCAGGACGACAGAGGUGUGGUUUGGCUAAGAAAGGCUAUGAUGUUUCGAUGACAAUGAACCGCACCUUCCUCUCCCCUCAACCAACCUACUUGACCUGCAGUGGCUUCACACACCUAGGCUGCAUCUGAAAUGACACCCUGUCCCUGUAUAGUAUUCCCUAAAAGGUAGUGCACUGUAAAGGGAAUAGUGUGCCAUAGUCGCAUACCUCAUGCUUUAUGACUGACGAUCAAAUUCAAUAACGUUGAAUGAAUUAAGCUUAAAAUAACCUAUAUCUUGUAUGUUUUCACCCUACAAAUGGAUAAAAUCUGGUGUGCUCCCAACAGCAAACAGCCUUUAAAAUCUUCUGUAGGGAAUAGACUCCUGAAGUUACAAGGUAAUGAGUGGAACAGUUUGUAUAGGUAUGACGUGUCUUUUCAUCACUUCUGCAAACAAGUAAAACACGUUUUAUUUGUCUUUCUGGUUAAGACGAGACGUUUCUGUUGAAUGUUGAAGUUGUUCCUCUAUCUUUUGUCACUUGGUGACAAUGGGUGUGUCCCAAAUGGCACCCUAUUCCCUAUGUAGUGCGCUACUUUUGACCAGAGACCUGGUAUAAAAAGAAAGUAGUGCACUACAUAGGGAACAGGUUGCCAUUUGGAGCGCAUACAAAGACAAGGAUCCUAUGUCAGGAUCUACAAACCCAACGAUGACGCAUUAACCCUUUGUGCGACAGACAUUUCUCAAUAAAGCCGACAAACCUCAAAAGUAUUAUUUGCUCAUAGCUUAUCCAACACAAGGUAGGGAUUGGUAUUUGGUCUGCACAACUUACCUGGCAUCCAGUAUUACUGGCCAAGUUAGGGAUUGGUAUUUGACCCAGGUUUUAUUGAUUAGAUAAGUAGACCCAAUCUAAACAGAAGGGUGUACAUAACUGUGUAGUACUUAUAAUAGCUUCAUUAUUUGUAUUUAUUCACAGACAAAUCACUCAAAAUAAUACUUAGUCGUUGUUGUAAGUACAAUGUAACAACGUGCAACUCGACCAUGCCAGUUGAAUUUAAAUGUAGUUACAAACCAGGAACUGUAAGAUUGAUUGGGAAAAACCCGAGACUACAGGUUCCCAUAUUGAGGAACACAGAAAGUACAACUAGGACAGAGGUGAAUGUACAUAUGAAGUCUACAUAUGCACAAAGGGUUAACAUGACACUAUGGCCUCCCUAUUGCAGGCCAGCAUCUGAUAUCAUUUCUUAUCCUCGUUUGCACAUUAAGAUUUGCAAUUAUUAUGAUGUAUUCUUAUGUUUCCAAGUGCCUGGUAUGUAUCAGAAGUGACAUAUACUGAAAAUACACACAGCACAUUCAAUGAAGUACAGGUACAUGUAAUGCAAAUGUAGGUAUUUGUUCCAAAGGGUCAACGCUUUACAUGACUGUUUAUAGAUGACAAAAGGUGUGAUUGGUGAUAUCAUAGCAUUGUGUGCUUUCAGUUUUUUUUUUACGAGGACUGUUAAACUGAAUGUGUCAUUAAUGACGAAGACGUGACGUCAAUAAACAAAGAUAAACAAAUUAAGUGGCA